UUCUCAAACAUCAAACAAACAAAAUCCUUUAUUAAAAGAUAUAAAAUUUUAUUAAGGAAAUAAAUCAUACGAAAAAUAAAAAAAUAAAAAGUUAAAAAAUGAAAAGACUACAGAUUUUAAAAUAUUUCACUUAAAAUUAAAAAAUAGACAUUUAAAGUUAAUUAAUAAAUUGUUUAUCAUUUUAAAUUACCAAAAAUCUACUCACGAAUUAAUAAUCUACUACAAAUUAAUUUUUGAAAAACUUUAAAAUAAAACAAAAUUUAUAUGGUUAAACAAUAAACUUUUAUUUCUCAAGCUAAUAAUCUGGUUAGCAAGAAUUUUAAAAUCUUUUAAGCUAAGGAUAGUCCUAUUAAAAAUAAGGAAUGAUGAAAGAAGCUAGCUUAUGUUAUUAGCAGGCUCUAUAGAUUGAUCCAUUAGAACAGGAUUUACUUUAUAACUUGGGAACUAUCUUUAACACCAAUGGAGAUGUUGAGAAUGCAAAAAAGUGCUAUGAAAAAGUUUUGUAAAUAAAUCCUUUGUCGUAUUAAGCACAUAAUGAUUUAGGAAAAAUUUGCUAAAAUAAAAAAAAUAUAGAGGAUGCUAAAUUACAUUAUGAAAAGGCUUUGAAAAUUAAUCCUCAAUAUUGUAUGGCGAUAGUUAAUCUAGGAACUGUGUACUAUGGAUAAGGGAUGAUAGAAGAUGCUUAAUAAUAAUAUGAGAAGGCUUUAUAAUUAGAUAAUAAAUUUUAUUAAGCUCAUUUCAAUUUAGCUUUAUUAUAUGAUGACAAAGGAAUGAUUGAAGAAGCUAAACAGUACUAUGAGUAAACACUGUAAGCUAACUAGGAAUAUUAUCCUGCUUUGUAUAAUUUAGGCUUGAUUUAUUAAAACGAGGGUCACUAUCAAGAAGCUAGAAGAUGUUAUCUGAUUACUUUAGAUAUAAAUCCUUAAUUUUAUUAAGCCUACAUUAGUCUUGGAUGCAUUUAUUUUUCUUUAGGAAUGCUUGAAGAUGCUUAAAACUACUGUGAAAAAGCACUUCAAAUCAAUAACAAAAGUUUAGAUGCCCAUCUAAAUUUAGCGUUUAUAUAUGACUCAAAAGAUAUGAUAGAAGAAGCAAGGUAAAGCUAUGAAUAAGUAUUGUAAAUUAACCCUAAGUUAUAUCAGGCACAAAAUAAUUUAGGAUUAAUAUAUCGCAAGAAGGAAAUGCUUGAAGAGGCAAAGGUCUGCUAUGAAAAAUCGAUAUAAAUAAAUGAUUAAUAUUAUUAGGCUUACUAUAAUUUAUCAUCGAUAUAUUAUGAUUAAGGUAACAUCUAAGAAGCUAAAUAGUGCCUUGAAAAGGCAAUCAAAAUAAAUCCAUUAUACGAUUAAGCUCAUUACAAUUUAGGUUUAAUAUAUUACAACUAAGGUGAGCUUGAAGAGGCAAAACGAUGCUUUAUGAAGGUUGUUCUAAUUAACCCUCAAGAUUUUUAAGUACACGAUGUACUCAGAGAAAUUAAUAACUAUUUAAAAAAAGAAUGAAAUAAAUAUAAGCUUCCUUUUUCCCUUUAGUUAAGUUCAUAUUUAUAUCU